CUUCUUUAUCCAGUGAGUUACACGUGAAUAAUUUGGAAACCAUUGGUGCUAAUGUGUUUUAUGAAAUUCCAGAGCUUUUACAUCUUGAUCUCCGAGGGAACCGUUUAGAAACCAUAACGGCAGAAUCGUUCAGCAGUCCAUUUGAAAAUCUUCCAAAGCUGAGAGUGUUAAUUUUAAUGCAACAGCAAAGUCCUUACCAGACGAGAUAUGUGAUGCACAAUGCCUUCAAAAACUUGCCUGCUUUGGAAGAUCUAUGGUUGAAUGACAAUCUGUUGACAAAUUUUCCUCAUCCAGCUUUAUCACAGUCAUCUUCACCAUUGCCAUCUCUUUUAUACUUGCACUUAGAAAAUAAUCGUAUUACUUCAUUGUCGAGUUUUGCCAGUUCAGAUUUCUCACCAUUACUUGAAGAUCUUCAUGCCACUCAGCAAAGUGUUCAUAAACCAUUUGAAAGAAUCAGGACCUUGCAACGAUUAUUUGUCCACCGCAAUCAAAUAUCAAGUGUCCAAGAAGAGGACCUGUGGCUGCUUGAUAAUGUUCGACAGUUGUACGUCUCAGGCAACCAGCUCACUAACUCCACAGUUCACCCAGAGGCAUUUAGGAAUCUGUCCAGUUUAACUAUACUGCAUCUGGACAGUAACAGUUUUCAUUAUGUUCCAUUAGCUGUGCAAGGGAAAAGCCAUUUGCCAGUUGUCAGUCAACUGUAUGUAAAAAAAGUGUUACUCUUUCAGUAAUUUACUUAACUGUCAUCUUUUGAUUUCAUCCAUCGCUAGCUUACCAGAUGUUUGAAGACGUUUUUGCAAAAGCAUUCAUUUUACUGUUACGCAGUAUGAUCGAAAAGAGUUGGGGACGUAGUUCCCGUGUGGUGGUAUAUCUCUCAUCUGAUGGUUAAAUGCUCAGAGAUAUUAGCUGCAUAAGCUACUCUGAAAUCCGAG